UUCAGAAAAGAAUUGAGUUGCAUAAACGUCGAACCAGCAGAUUUCUACCGUUCAUGGAUUUCAUUUCGGAGGCAUUCGAAGGCUUAGGUCACCUUUUUUAUAUUGUUAAUCCUUUUCAGACAAGUUUUCGAACCACGGAUGAGGUGCCUCAUUAUGUUAGUCGGGCCUCAACGUGGUUUUUUGCUCUGAUUGUAAUUGAACGAAUUAUACUGCGUAAAAAAGGCAAAUCACCACCUAUCAAUGAUUGUAUCACAUCAAUGGCAUGCGGGUUAUUUAUGGAGAUAAAUAAUAUUGCCUUGAGAGGCGCUACUACUGCUGCGUAUGUUUACAUUUACGAGUACUACCGCAUAUAUGAGUUUCCCUGGGAUUCAUUGUGGACAUGGGUUGCUUGCGCUAUAGGGAUGGAUUUAGGAUAUUACUGGGCUCACCGUGCAACUCAUGAGGUGAAUCUAUUCUGGUCUCAGCAUCAGGUUCACCACAGCUCCGAGGAGUAUAACUUAACGACAGCUCUAAGACAAGGUGUGUGGCAAGGUUACAGCACCAUGUUUUAUUACCUGCCAAUGGCGUUUUUCAUUCCUCCGAGUCAAUUCUUCGUUCACUCUCAAUUUAAUCUUCUAUUUCAAUUCUGGAUUCACACGGAAGUUAUCGAUGACCUUGGUCCGCUUGAAUGGAUUUUAAAUACUCCUUCACAUCAUCGUGUGCAUCAUGGAUCAACCCGUUAUUGUGUGGAUAAAAAUUACGCCGGUGUUCUCAUUAUCUGGGAUAGAAUGUUUGGAACUUUUGAACCCGAGCGAAGGGACGAACCUUUAGUUUACGGAUUGAUUGAGCAAGUGGACUCCUUUAAUCCGUUUUACCUAGAAUUCUUUUACCUGCGGAAAGUCUUCCAAAAAAUGCAAUCCAUGUCAGGAUUGACCAAUAAGCUUAAAGCAAUCUUUUAUGGACCCGGAUGGGUUCCUGGUUCCCCAAAGCUUGGCCAUUAUGACCAACUUCCUGAAACAAUUGUGAGAGAGAAAUUUUCGCAUUCUCUUACCCCACACGACCAGAUAUAUGCUGCAAUUCAUUUCCUAUUACUGAGUGAAGGUUACCGAUUACUAGCAACCCAUUACGAGGAAUUUGAUGACUGGCUUUUAUACGCUUGCUGCGCCUACAUCAUAGUCUCUCUAGUCAGCAUCGGACUGAUGUUCAACCGAAAUCCCUGGUUUCCAUGGGUCGAAAUGGUCCGCUGUCUGGUUUUCCUGGGCUAUCAGCUCCAUUUCAAAUUAUUUGCUACGGAAACAAUUGGGAUUAAUUUAGUUAUGAAUGGGGUUAGGCUCUUCUACUUGUACUCGGCAUUGCAGUGCAAAAUCGAGUGCGUUCAUCAAUUCAGAGAAAAGACCCAAAAAGAGAAAAUGAAGUAAACUUCUACAAAAUGUCUAUAAAUAGUUAGCAGGAUUGCGAAUAAAAUACAUUGGGAAAAAUCA